AUGUCUUAUUCCCAAGAUUGGGAUCGUUUUACGAACGGGAUGGGUGUCAGUCUCGCUACCGAGGCUCGAAUCUGCUGCGGAACUACUACGGCGGGUGCGCCGUGCAAGAACUCCAUCAAAUUCCAAGAUUUCAAGACUGGGCAACAGCAAUUGGCAAAUUUCGCCGCACAGCCAUUCGAAUUCUUGACAUUACGAUCCACCUUAAAUGAUAUCGCGAGGAACUUUCUCUGUGCCAGAUGGCACCGGCAGCGACAGGCUGACCAGCUUGGGCAGCAGUGGUAUGAGGCGGUCGUUCGGAGCCGGGAACAUGCCAGACACACCUCCGAGGUCGCUGCCGUAGCACCCGAUAUCGAAGCGGACCAGAGCCAGCGAUCGACAUUUGGGCGCCCAACAGACCCGGUGCUUUCCUCUAGAGCCACAACCCAACAUGAGGAUGAAUCGAUAUCCCUGGUCCGUGAUCCAGCUCCUCUCGGGCCUUCGGAAAGAAUCUGCAGAUACGUCAUGGCUUCGAUGUUACGAACCAACAGCGCUCCGUGGUGUAUCUCACCGGCUCAGCCAGCUACCCUGUCGGGCUUCAAUAUCGGGGCGGGGAUGCAAAAUCUGGAACUGCACAGCCUCACUCUCAGCGACGAGGUGUCUGCUAUCUAUUGUCCAUUCUGUUUAGGAGACGAUGAAGAGUAUCUGGACGAGAGCGUGAUCCUUCGUUGUAACCGGUGCCGGGGAUUGGCUCAUCUGAGCUGUGUGGAAGAAUGGCUGGAGAAGCGCGACGCGGGACCUCACGUGUCCUGCUGUGCCUGCCGAAGUGACGGAGCACUGGAUGCUCUGCUCCGCUCACCGAGAGCGAGGGCGAAUCCUGACCCAGCAAGUGAAGAUGCGGAAACACACGCAGCUCUAUUGGUGGAACGUUCGGAUGCCACCAAUAGCCCUCACCAGUCGAGUUCAGAUCGUCUACCAGUGCGGUCAGUGUCAUCGCCCCACAGACGAGCACCCUGUAGUACAACACGCAGUGUCCGCCGGUCGGCCCGCCUGGCAGAGAACAAUACACCUCGCCGGUCGCCGCGUCUGAACCGAACUUGA